GUGGGCAAUGGGACCCACUCAGGGAGGCGGCAGCUAGUGUCAAUGUCAGCUGAGAGCAUCCCUACAAGGUUCCCUCACCCAAGCUCUUGGAACGCGCAGGCCGUGGUUUGUCCUAAGAUUCCUGUAUAUCCCAGCUAAGGAGCACCAUGGAGGAGCAACAUCAGGAAGCUGGGAAUGAGAGUAAGCCUUCCUCCACAUCAGUGGAUCUGCAGGGGGACAGUCCCUUACAGGUGGAGAUUUCUGAUGCAGUGAGUGAGCGGGACAAGGUGAAGUUCACUGUUCAAACCAAGAGUGGCCUCCCUCACUUUGCCCAGUCUGAGUUCUCAGUGGUUCGCCAGCACGAAGAGUUCAUCUGGCUACAUGACACCUAUGUGGAAAACGAAGAGUACGCCGGCCUCAUCAUUCCCCCAGCCCCUCCCAGGCCAGACUUUGAGGCUUCAAGGGAAAAGCUGCAGAAGUUGGGUGAGGGCAACAGUUCCAUCACCCGGGAAGAAUUCUCCAAGAUGAAGCAGGAGCUAGAAGCGGAGUACUUGGCCAUCUUUAAGAAGACUGUUGCGAUGCACGAAGUCUUCCUGCAGCGCCUGGCAGCCCAUCCCACCCUACGUCGGGACCACAACUUCUCCGUCUUCUUGGAAUAUAGCCAGGAUCUGAGUGUUCGAGAGAAGAACAGGAAGGAGGUCUUGGGAGGGCUCCUGAGGAGCAUCGUCAGGUCUGCAGAUGAAGUCCUCAUCACCGGCAUAUCAGGGCUCAAGGAGGUAGAUGCCUUCUUUGAGCAUGAGAGGACCUUCCUACUAGAAUACCACACCCGAAUCCGAGACACCUGCCAGAGGGCCGACCGUGUUAUGCACUCCCACAAGUGCCUGGCAGACAACUAUAUCCCUAUCUCUGCUGCACUGAGCAGUCUCGGAACCCAGGAGGUCAACCAACUCAAGAGGAGCUUCCUGAAGCUGGCAGAGCUCUUUGAACGGCUGAGAAAACUGGAAGGCCGGGUAGCCUCUGAUGAGGACCUGAAGCUGUCUGACAUGCUGAGAUAUUACAUGCGAGACUCACAGGCAGCCAAGGACCUGUUGUACCGGCGGCUUCGGGCACUGGCUGACUACGAGAAUGCUAACAAGGCACUGGACAAAGCUCGGACUAGGAACCGAGAAGUACAGCCAGCAGAGAGCCACCAACAGCUGUGCUGCCAGCGCUUCGAGCGCCUCUCGGACUCCGCCAAACAAGAGCUCAUGGACUUCAAGUCUCGCCGGGUCUCCUCUUUCCGUAAGAAUCUCAUUGAACUGGCGGAACUGGAGCUCAAGCACGCCAAGGUGAGUGCUCACUGCCUACUCCGCCAUGAGCUCCUCUGCUGCUCCCACCCCCUUUCCCCAAGGUAUGGGGGUGCCCCCAGUGAUGAGGGGGCAGCAGUAUACAGCCAAGCCCGAGGGUCAAGGCAACGCUCUUCUGAGGCCCGUGGUUUUUUGCCCUUCUCUUCCUUGGGUGGUAGGAGGGGAGCCCGAAGGCUGAGGAAUGGCUACCAUAGUAGCAGCCUCAAGGAACGGAGGUCUUUUUUCCUGCAGGCCAGCACCCUGCUUCUUCAGAAUGCCCUUGUUGCCCUUAAGGGGGAGCCGUAGUGAAAGCAGACUUCACUGCCAGCUGUCCUCAGUCUCCUGCCCUCUCCCUAUAAGAGGCUCUCCUUUCCUACCAUGGCGGCCAUCUGCCACACCCUUAAUCUUCCUUGGGCAAACCCAGACCCCAAAGCAGUUGGCUCUGCCUGACAGGGAAGCAUGGGGGGGGGGGAGGUAAGCAGAGUUCUAGGGACCCUAGCCCUCUCUACAGCAGGCUGUCAAAGCUCGACCUCCAUCCUGCCACUGGCUUUAGAAGAGUUCACUGGCACCGCCCCUCACAAAUAAACAGCCGUUUACUGCC